UGCUAUGACGUCAUGUUAGACGCAAACAACGCCAAUGGACUUUACGCUGUUCAACCACGUGACGAUGGCGGACCUAUCAACGUCUGGUGUAAUAAUGGCUGGCUGGUUAUUCAACGACGGAGAGAGGGAUCGGAAAAUUUCUUCAAAACUUGGAAAGAAUACAAAGACGGAUUUGGAGUUUUGGAAAAAGAAUUCUGGUUAGGAAAUACCAAUAUCCACCGUAUAACCAGCCAAGGUAAUUAUAAGCUGAGAAUUAUCAUGGAAGACAACUAUAAUGACAGACUUGACGCUCUGUACGAGAACUUCACCAUAGCAUCAGAGAAAGACGACUUCCGGCUGCAUGUCGGUUAUUUCAAAGGGAAUGGCGACAACGAGCUAUCUUACCACAGCGGAUUCAGAUUCAGCACAAAGGAUGAGGAUCACGACGAAUCUAAUGGUAACUGCGCGAAACUCCACGAAGGAGGAUGGUGGUAUGGAAACUGCACACGUUCCAAUCUUAAUGGCCAUUAUCUGGGAUCGGAGAACACGACCGGAGCCACGUGGGGAAAACACGCUCUGAAGACAAUAUUGAUGAGGAUCAAACCCAUGAAAUAACUGAUAAGCAAAAAACAUAAAAUAAAUAAAUUAAUUAAAAAAAAAAAAAAAGUCCCUCUGGUGAGACCAAAGUUCCAGAA